UUUUGCAAACAUUGUUUGAAGAAAACACAAAAGAUGGAAGAGAGCAGAAGAACAGAACAAGCUGGGUUAUUGCAGAGCUUGAAAAGGUUGAUCGUCUCUUUUGUUUGUUGUCUUCCGAUGUCUCUUCUAGGUCUUCUUAUCAUGCUUCUCUUAAUCUACAACAGUUUCUCUGUCUUCUGUUUUCAUCUUGAUCCAGUCCCACCAAUUAAGUCCACUCCUUCACUUAAUCAUCACCAGGUUCUUCAUCAUCAUCCGUCAGUAUCAUUACCAUCAACAGCAACACUGACAUCAUCAUCUAAGUCAGAUUCUUUGUUGUUGCUUGCGGUGAAAGAAACCUCUUCAGGGUUCAUACAGAAGCAGAACGUUUCGUCGACGAAUGCAGAGAGAAGAGACGAGUUAACACCCGUGACGACACAGAAGCCACAAGGAAAAUCAAAAGAGAGAUUCAAGACGAGGAUCAAGUCAUUCUUGUAUAAAUCCUCAUGUGAGUCCCUGUUCUUCAUGACCUGGAUCUCCUCCAUCGAAUCUUUUGGAGAUAGAGAACGUUUCACAAUAGAGAGUCUCUUCAAUUCUCACCCAAAUAGCUGUUUGAUCUUGGUCUCAAACUCACUUGACUGUGAGAGAGGAACAAUAAUCUUGAAACCCUUUACGGACAAAGGGCUUAAAGUGCUAGCGAUUACACCUGACUUCUCUUACAUCUUCAAAGACACAUCAGCAGAAAAAUGGUUUGAAAGGUUGAAGAAAGGAAUGUUCAGUCCUGGAGUGAUUCCAUUUGAGCAAAACCUCUCUAACCUUCUAAGAUUAGUCUUGCUCUACAAAUUUGGAGGAAUCUACUUAGAUACGGACUUCAUAAUCCUCAAAUCUCUCACCAACCUCCACAACGUAAUCGGAGCACAAGCAGUUGACCUGGUUACAAGAAAAUGGAGCAGGCUGAAUAACGCUGUGCUCAUCUUUGACAAGAACCAUCCUCUGCUUGAAAGGUUCAUCAACGAAUUCACAAGAACCUUCAACGGUAACAAAUGGGGGCACAACGGUCCCUACUUAGUAUCAAGAGUCGUUGCAAGAAUCAAUAGUUCUUCAUUGGAGUUGGGAUUCUCUGUUCUUCCACCAUCUGCGUUUUAUCCAGUGGAUUGGACUAGAAUCAGAGGAUUUCACAGAGCUUCCACGAAUGAGAGUGAGGCGAAUUGGUCGCGCAAGAGACUUAUGCAUUUACGUAAACAUAGCUUUGCUGUUCAUCUUUGGAACAGAGAGAGUAAGAAGCUUAGGAUUGAAGAAGGAAGCAUCAUUCAUCGACUCAUGUCUGAAUCUUGUAUCUUCUGUAAUUCUUCAUCUUUACAUUAUAGUUAUUAA